UAAGAGACUUUGUCUUCCGUGGCCUUAAGGCAAGUAUUUAGUUUUCUGCAUCUGCCACCCAAAUCUUGAAGUUUAAUAUAGAGGUUUCAACUAGGUUUAAAGCCAUGCACUGCCCAGAUGGUCUUUGCAACACAGUUUAUCUCAGGGAUAUGUCCUUGGGCAACUUCUGAAAGGGGGAAAGCAAGUGAAAUACACAUUCUUUGAGGGGGUGUUGGAAAGGGUCCGCCUACUCACAGGUCAACAAGAGGUCACAUUCAUUUCAUUGCCUUCCUCACACAGGGUUGCUCUGGACUUUAGAAUCAGCUUGCAUUUCUUAUCAUGUGAUCUUUUCCAUCUUCAAAGCCAGUGAGAGAAUUUCCCUCACAAUUAAUCCCUCUCACACCCUGAAACUCUGAUUUCCUCUUUCUCCCCCUGAUGUUUCAAUCUAAAGGGCUCUUGUGAUUGGGUAAGUUCCACCUAAGAAAUUCGGUCUCUCUUCAAGUCAGCUGUACCAUAUAACUUAAUCACAAGGGAGAACAUCCUAUUCACAGGAGUCUCUCACACCAGAGAUGGAGGUUGCACCAGGGUGUGAGUCAUUUAGGACCAUCUUAAAAUGCUUCUCCCUGCUCCAUGGAAGCAGGGUGAGGGGAUCAUGUCACAUGUCAAGGUGAUUUUAAAGCAAGAAAAGAGAAGAAUAUCACUACUUGGCCUUGUUUGUGUGCUGGAGAGGCAAAUAUUUGACUUCCUUGGAUAUCAGUGGGCACCUAUCCUGGCAAAUUUUAUACAUAUUAUUAUCGUCAUUCUUGGUUUAUUUGGAACUAUUCAAUAUAGACCUCGUUACAUAACAGGAUAUGCUGUCUGGCUAGUCCUCUGGGUUACGUGGAAUGUGUUUGUUAUCUGCUUCUAUUUGGAGGCGGGGGACCUCUCAAAGGAAACAGACCUUAUCCUGACUUUUAAUAUUUCAAUGCACCGAUCCUGGUGGAUGGAGAAUGGACCAGGAUGUAAGGUGACAUCAGUGACACCAGCUCCAGACUGGGCCCCAGAAGACCAUCGAUACAUCACUGUCUCAGGAUGUUUUCUGGAGUACCAGUACGUAGAAGUGGCUCAUAGUUCCCUCCAGAUUGUCCUCGCACUGGCAGGGUUCAUCUACGCCUGUUAUGUUGUGAAAUGUAUAACUGAAGAAGAGGACAGCUUUGAUUUCAUAGGUGGCUUUGACUCUUAUGGCUAUCAAGGACCUCAGAAGACAUCUCAUUUACAACUACAACCUAUGUACAUGCAAAUUCCCUUGGAUAACAACUGAUAACAAAUUCUAUAUAUCAGCAUCAAGUGAUAUGCUGAAUUGCAAGUGAAGAUCAAAAUAGAAAGUCGAAAUAAUACAGAUGGCUUCAGUAUGUCAACUCCUGGACUUUUCAAAGAACUUGUUUCACAGUGACCUCCUGCAUUUUAUGAAGAGCAAGAAGCAACUGAGUUUAGAUAUACAAACCUAUUAACAUAAUAAACAUAAAACCUUCACACCCUGGGACACACAUACACACACACGCGCGCGCGCACACACACACACACACACACACAGGCAUACAACUAUUCCACUCACCUCCUCCUCUUUCUAAUUAAAGCAGACAAAAUAUGCAGGACAUGCCCAUCUUGGACAUGUUAGUGCCCUCUGCCGGCCAUCACUCACUCCUCUACAGCCCAGUCACUCAGCCUCUAUGAGCUGCGAGGUCAUCCAGAGCAUAUUUGAGAGCCCAGUCUUCUGCGCUUCAUAUGUCUUGAGAUAGCACCAUGGCUAUGUAGGCAAUGUGAUUGCAAAACAAAUAAAACAUGCCAUAAUGACCUUGUAACUGAAGUCCGAAAUGGCAGGUUGUUUGCCCUAAAGGCUGUACCGUACAUACUUGCCUUAACCCACCUAAGUUGUGUGCCCAAAAAUCUCAGUGCAGACAUCCCAAGUCACUUCCUUUAGGCUAACACACUGCUAUUAAUUCCAAAUGAGUUCAAGUCUGUGUGUUUCACAUCAAGGAACAAGACUGCAUAGCUCAGCAGCUCUAAUGUGUCUGUGUAUGGAAACUGCCAGCUGUCAGCAAAGUGCUUUACCAUUGAGCCUCCAUGGUGGCCAAAAGAGAGACAAGGAACCAUAACGACGACAACAAUAUUCAAUUGUCAUCAUUAUAAUCCUUAAAUACAGUCGUCUGAUGGAGUUGGGUGGGACAAAGUAAAACGUAUUAAUCUACUAAACUCAUCUAUGGGAAGCAGAGAACAGAAAUGGCUUAACUCACUGAUUUUAUUUAUUGCACUCUAGGUGCUUUUAUAAGUAUCUACAAAUGUCUUUUACUAACACAGAAAUGGCUGUGGAUUUCUAUCAACAGAGGCCAACUGAAUAUGUAUUAGCUAUGUUUACUCUUUUAUAUCUAAUUCAAAUCGAAGACCCUAUGUAGGUGAACUUUUUUUCCUAACUUCAGCGUACGAGAUUAUUUUUUGGGUGGGUGGGGGGAGCAAUAGUUACCUUGGUGAAAUAUUUGAGAUCUCUUUGUGGUAUUUGGGGGAUCUGUUGUGUGUUAGAGUGUAUUUUAAUCCUCCUGUAUUAUCGUGGCAGAAAAACUGUGCUGUUAACGUAGUUGGCAACAAGAUGCCUUUGGAAACUUAAUAGUAGGUCAAUGUGUUUAUGGAAUAUUCUGAAUUCCUAGGAAAUUUUGUUCUAUAUAUUCAAGCAUUAUUUGGUUUUCAUUAGUGGAAAACAUAAUUAGCUCAGGCUUGUCAGGAACUCAGAUGAGUCAUGUUUUAUCUUGGGAAAACACCCAAUGCUAGGAUAAGAUUCCACCUGAGACACGAAAAUCUUUUUUUAAGCACCAUCUUUAAAUACAAUGAAAUUCAGAGUUGAAAGUUAUAAAUUGACAUGGAGUAACUUUUCUCUUGGUUUCUAUGAAGUUUCAGUUAUUGGGUUAACCUACUUUGGAUCUUAGCCCAUCCAGAUCUACAUAAACCAGUCCCAUUACUGUGUUUGCAUGGGUGUCUGUGAUAUGCACACAUAUACAUUUGAAAUGAUAAAGGAACAAAGAUAACUAUUGGAACAUAAACCAGAAAAAAAAAGGUUCCAGCACUUGUGCUUGAAUUUUCUCAGCGGCUUGUAUGUGUUCGUCCCUACAUACAUAUAUAAAAUAGACAAUUACAGCCAUGUCAGUGAAACCUCAUUUGAUGAUUUUAUAGUGACAUGCAUGUUUAGUGUAUGAGAAGAAUAUUUACUACCAAUGUAUUGUCCUUUGAUUCUUGAAAUAUAAAUAAUAACAAUGUCAGAAACUCUUCUAAUAUGGCUAGUAGUGCAGCCAUUGAAAUGAGGUUUCACUGUACAUCCAUGCUGGGAUGAGAUUCCACCUUCUGGGACAUGUAUAUGGAAAGAGAUUUCAGUGCACAGAGAAUAAAUAAGCCCUCAUAAUCCUGCUUUAAGUUGCAGCCAAGUUACCACCUAAUCACUACUAUCAUCACCUCCAAAAUUUUUAAAAACAGUGUUGACUACUAAAAAGUAAUCAGUGGACAGGUCCUUUUUGGGAGCAGUGAGCACAGUAGUGUGAUUGUAUCUGGGAAAACAUCUAAAUUGUAUAGCUGUAUCCUCCUCAAAAUCCGGUGAAGAAUGCUAUUUUUCUAGGCUGAGCUUUUGUUAUAAACCUAAUAUUCAGAAGGCAAGAGGUACAAUCCUGAUGUGGUUUUUUUUUUUUUUUUUGCGUUUGUUAAUUCUGAAUGUAUUUUUAACAGAGUGAUUUUUUUGACUUACUAGUGUAAUUUGCAUUUUAAAAAUAAAUGG